CGUGUUGCUUUCAUCUGACUCUGCUGCAACUGUACCGGCGGAAAAGGAAAGGAAAUACAACAGAAACCUAUCUAUACAAUUAAACUGCCGUCGAUCAGGCACCUGAGAAGUUGGAGUGACAAUUAUUUUUAUUGAGUCGAUUUGUGACAUUUUCUCAAAACCGGGAGUUUUUCGCAGAAAAAGUCAAUAUUUGUACUCUGUUGGAUAACUUUGAUUAAAUUUGGGUCGGUUUUGAAGAUUUUGGAGACUCUGGAUCUGGAUUGGAUAGAUUUAUUCGAAAAAGCAUCGUCCACAGUAGAGGUGUCUUCACUCCCUGUCACUGCCCUCUCAGCGUCAUCCCCGCCCCUGAUCGUUCAGCUCUUCCUUGUUCAUGUAUAAAUAGUCCUGCCACGCCCUGUCUUGUGCCAGUUCGUCUUGUCCUGUCUGUGGGUCAUUAACCAGCAUACUACCAGCAUUUUGUUUAUUAAUCCUCCAGUUUUGCUUUCUCUGUGCUCAGAACAGGAGAAACCGUUGAUCCAUUUUUUUUAAUUGAUGCCGGAUAUUAAAUAUAUGGAGGCUGCGUUUGAUUAAUAAUCUGACUAUCAUGAAGUUUUCCACUUUUUUAUGGAGGCAGGCCUUGCCCUUCUCUGUCAUCCUGGUUCUUGCUUUCAUAUACUUUGUGCUACACAACGAUGACGUCCUUAAGUUCACGGAGCCACCAGAGAGCCCCCAAAAAAGAUUGCCGUUCACCAAUAACUCAGACAUUCAUCAGGGCGUGUGCACCUCUAGGCCACUGUCUCCUCAGGAGGCUGAAGAGGAACGCCUCAUACUGGACUCCAUUGCUUGGCCAGAAAUCCCACCUUGGCCAACUCCUAUAUCAAUAGAGACCACCUGUGAUCCAGCUCAAAGCACCUUUACCAUUUUACCAAGAAAGGGAGGAGGACAGUGGCAAAUAGGGGAUCAGCUGGAGAUCAUGAUCAAAAUGUCUGACUUCAACGGCCGUCCCAAGACUGUGGGGGGAGACUUCUUACUCGCGCGGCUGCGGAACCAGGAGUUUCAAGCCGGUGUGGUUGGAAAAGUGGUGGAUCAUCUCAAUGGGCGCUACUCUGCUGUAUUCUCAUUGCUCUGGAAAGGGGAAGCACAGAUUGAGGUGACACUGGUUCAUUGUGGUGAGGCCAUCGCUGUGCUGCAAAGGCUGACAAGGGAGCAUCCUUACAGGACACCUUAUGAGAGCAUCUUCCGUUCGGGCUCAGUAUCAGAAACUACCAUGUGUGGCGUCUGCCUACAGCCCACCCGGCUGCCGCUUUGCAACUUCACUGACCUUCGCACGGGCGAGCCUUGGUUCUGCUUCAAACCGAAGAUUCUGAGCUGUGAAACCAGGGUCAGGCACUUGAGGGUGGACGUUAAGGGAAUACGCUUUCUCGAGCCCAACGAGGAUCUGCUCUUUAAAAAUCAUGUCAACUUGAAAGUUAUCAUUAAGGCUUCAGGACCUGCCUCUGUCACUGUGGUUCCAAAAAUAAAAGAUCAACCAGGGGAGAAGAGCACCAUUGUGACAUCUGUACCCUCCGGCAGUUACUACCAGGGGGUCUGGAGAGCACUAGGGAGCACCACAGUUCGCCAAUUCGACACCACUGCCACCAGAGAGUGUCUGAAAAGCAAGAAAGUCCUCCUCUUCGGAGACUCUACCAUCAGGCAGUGGUUUGAAUUCUUAACCUCCAAAAUACCAGGUCUGUUCAACCUCCACGUCGACGUAAAAGUUGGACCCGGUAUGGCAGUGGACCACGCGGACAACAUCCUGAUGACGUGGCGCUGUCACGCUCCUCCUCUCAGCUUCACCACGGUCCCGGUCAACGAGCUGCGCUACAUUGCCAAUGAACUCGAUGGUUUGGUUGGAGGCGCCGACCACAUUGUAGUCCUUAGCAUCUGGGCACACUUCGACUCUUUACCAAUAGUUGAUUACAUCCGGAGGCUAAUGAGCAUUCGCAGUGCGGUGCAGCGGUUGCUGGACAGGGCUCCAGACACGCUGGUCGUCAUCCGGAACGGGAACCCCAGAGAUAUGUCCCUUUAUAUGGCGCUAAUAAACAGCGACUGGUACACCAGGCAGUGUGAUAGGGUGCUCCGUCUCGUGUUCAAAGGGGUGAACGUUCGCUGGGUCGAUGCCUGGGAGAUGGUCAUUGCUCAUGACUUGGGUCACAACAUCCACCCAAACCCCCCCAUCAUUAAGAAUAUGAUUGACCUUCUCUUGAGCUACGUAUGCCCAAUACAGGGUUGAUAGAUUUGUGUUAAUUUAUACUAAUUAGUUACACAAUUUAAAUAAAAAAUUGGGGCUGUUUGAGGGGGGGGUCUGGUAGUCCUCCCCAGAAUAUCUUGAAUUUCGUGGAUGUGAUUUCCUGCAUUGUGGUGCAUUUUAGGGUGACCAGCUGGAGAUCCCAAAUCAUUCACAAUGAUACAUUUUCUAACACACACACACACACUCACUCACUCACUCACUCACUCACUCACUCAACUUCAUCAUUAUCGUUAUCAUUACCUGUGAAACUGUUGAUUUCUACGUGGCAGUUACAUUAAUAUUGUCUUUUUAGAGCAUUGGUAUUGACUGGUUUGAGUUGUUUUGCAAGGGACAUUGGCGUUGCCAUCAUAUAUUUAGGGGGACGCAAUUGACCAAUCUCCCGCCCGAAUUAAAAGUAUAACAAAGCUCGCCCUUUGUUAUAUCUUUUUACCCCUGCCUCUUCUAUUGCUUCUGCACCUGGGUCCUUUCCCCCAAUCCUGACAAAAGGUUGAAUUCACUGACUCGUAUUUUCUCAGGUGACGCCCAGCAGACAGCUAAAGAGGAGCGAGAACCACCCUGCUCCAAGAACUCUGAGGCUGACACGGAGGAGGAGUAAAUCCUGCAGCAUGUUGUGACCAUGACAAACCUGUAUUAGAGACGUCAAUUGCAGACUAGCGAGAUAUUGAUACAGAGGAGCUGCAGGCUUAUGCGGGGCUGCUCAUUUUGCUCAGUGUUUACAGGUCAGAAAAUUCAUCAACAGCUUCGGGAGACUGGCAGAGGGGCUCCAGGGACACAUCAUUACCUGUGAUCAUUUUUUCAAGUCCUUCGCACUGGCUGAGGAGCUGCUCAGGAGGAAACUGGCCCUGGUUGGCACGAGUUGUGUAAACUAAGUGGAAAGAAAAUGAAUAUAUAAUGUUUUCACAGCAGUUUUUGGGAAGGUGAUGGUUUGUGUCGCCAGGAUGUGAGUUUUUGCUUAAAUCUGACAAAAAAAAAGAACAAUGCAUCAAAGUCAAUCAUUGACCCAUUUUAGGGCCUAAUUAAAAUAUUCAA